AUGUUCCGACUGCUGCUGUCGAUCGCCGUCGGUGCGUUGCUGUGCUGCUGCGUACGCAGCAAGCGGGAAAUUCCGAUCGGUGCAAUCUUCCGGGACAGCGCGGACGAAGCGGUAAUCGCGUUCCGGUACGCGAUCGAACGGAUCAACAUGCACGAGAAGCACUUCGAGCUGGUGCCGCUGAUUCGGUUCGUGCCGAACAUGGACGACAGCUUCCGGAUGGAGCGGCGAACGUGCGAACUGGCGGCCGAAGGGGUAACGGCGAUCUUCGGCCCGAGCUCGCUGCUGAGUGCCGGCAUCGUUAGUUCCGUUUGCCGGACCAUCGAGAUACCGCACAUCAUCACGCACUGGGAUCCGGAACCGUUGGGCGGUGUCGAUCCGGACCUGCAGGCGAUGACGAUCAAUUUGUACCCGGAUGCGGAUGUGCUGUCGCAGGCGCUGCGGGAUUUGAUCGUGGACUACAGUUGGAAGAGUUUUACGAUCAUUUAUGAUAGCGAUGAGGGUUUGAUGCGGUUGAAGGAUAUUCUGCAGAUACACGGACCUGGGGAUAGUCCCAUCACGGUGCGUCAGAUCGACGACGAUCCGGAUUAUCGGCCGCUGUUGAAGGAUAUUCAAUCGUCAGGCGAAAGCCAUAUCAUACUGGAAGUCGAUCCGAGCAAGAUUUUGGACAUUCUACGCCAGGCGAAGGAAGUAAAAAUGCUGGAAGAGUAUCAGAACUACAUCAUUACGUCGAUCGAUGCCCACACGCUGGAUUUCGAUGAGUUCCGGUACUUCCGGUCGAACAUCACAGCCAUCCGGCUGAUGGACACUAAAAGUUUCGAGAUUAAGAAUGCCGUCCAUGACUGGGAACAGGGCGAGGCGAGGCAGAAGAAUGAUUUCCGAAUCUCGCCGGAACAUGUUUCGACCGAGGCGGCGCUAUACAACGAUGCAGUUAAGAUCUUUGCUACGGCCAUCCGGGAGUUGGAUGCCACCGAGGAGAUCACACCGUCCAAGCUGUCGUGCGGGAAUAAAAAUUUACGGCAGUGGCCGUUUGGAUUAAGGAUCGUUAACUACAUGAAAGUGAAAACCGAACACGGAAUUACUGGGCCGAUCAUCUUCGAUGACGAUGGCCGUCGAACCUACUUCCAGUUGGAUAUUAUUGAGUUGAAUCAACAUGAAGGCUUCAAGAAGAUUGCCACCUGGGAUCCUCGGAACGGUGUGAACUACACCCGCAGCCAGGAGGAUGUUCAUCAGCAAAUCGUCGAGUCCCUGCAGAACAAAACUUUCAUCGUAGCUUCUCGACUUGGAGCGCCGUUUCUGAUGAUGAAGGAAAAGAAGGAAGGAGAAUUCUUCGAGGGCAAUGCCCAGUUUGAAGGCUACUCACUGGAUCUAAUUGACGGAAUCUCACAAAUACUGGGCUUCCAAUAUCGAAUGAUUCUGGUUCCCGACGGCAAGUACGGAUCCUACAACAAAGUCACCAAGAAAUGGGACGGCUUGGUAAAGCACUUACUAGAUCGGAAAGCCGACCUUGCCAUUUGCGAUCUCACUAUAACGUACGAACGGCGGACGGCCGUGGAUUUUACGAUGCCUUUCAUGACGUUGGGAAUUAGCAUUCUGUAUGCCAAACCCGUUCCCCAACCGAAGGAUCUGUUCUCCUUCCUGUCACCUCUGUCACUGGAUGUGUGGAUCUACAUGGCAACCGCCUACUUGGGUGUGUCGGUACUUCUAUUCGUACUUUCACGAAUGGCUCCAGCCGAUUGGGAAAAUCCACAUCCCUGCAAGCAGGAAGACGUCGAAGAGGUCGAAAACAUUUGGGACAUGCUGAACGCCCUCUGGCUUACCAUGGGUUCCAUUAUGGGUCAAGGUUGUGACAUUCUACCCAAAGCCGUCUCCACCCGUGUCGUAACCGGAAUGUGGUGGUUCUUUGCUUUGAUCAUGCUUUCGUCGUACACCGCCAACUUGGCCGCUUUUUUGACGAUGGAACGUAUGGAUGCGACCAUCGAAAGUGCGGAGGAUUUGGCCAAGCAGAGCAAGAUCAAGUACGGUGCCGUGCUGGGUGGCAGUACGUUGAGCUUCUUUCGGAGUUCGAAUUUCAGUACCUACCAGCGGAUGUGGGCCGCUAUGGAGUCUACCCGGCCGUCGGUUUUUACGAAGAGUAACGACGAGGGCCGGGACCGGGUGCUGAAGGGUCGUGGGCUGUACGCCUUUCUGAUGGAGUCCACCUCGUUGGAGUACAUAACGGAGCGGUACUGUGAGCUGACGCAAAUCGGUGGUUUGUUGGAUUCGAAGGGUUACGGAAUUGCUAUGCCUGUCAAUUCACCGUAUCGAACUGCCAUCUCGGGAGCGGUCCUGAAAAUGCAGGAAGAGGGUAAGCUUUCCCAGCUGAAAAAUCGCUGGUGGAAAGAGCGACACGGUGGAGGUCGCUGUGAUGCUCCGGGAACGAAAGCCGCCGGGGAUAGUGCAGCCGAGCUGGGUAUCGACAACGUUGGUGGUGUUUUCGUCGUUUUGGCAUUUGGUUGCUUCUGUGCUUUCAUAAUUGGAAUACUGGAGUUUUUGUGGAACGUUCGGAAGGUGGCCGUUGAUGAAAAGGUUACUCCCUGGGAGGCCCUGAAAGCAGAGCUAAAGUUUGCACUGAACCUAUCGAUCACUAGCAAACCGGUGCACAAUACUUUGAGCGAGUCUUCGUCGGGUAAAAGUCUGACGCGGUCCAAGUCGGAGUCCAGACGAGAUUCGGGAUCAGCUGGAAGGGUGAAUAACAUUCGUAGUGGUGCCAGCUUUCCCAAUAUGGACAAAAUUGGGUUUGCUUUUAGUAACAAGUGA